AUGUCCCAGGGUUUAUCCGACAAACUGCGGGAGGAUAUUCUACAAUGCGAUUAUUUCAGUUCUUUUGUCACAUCCAAGGAUGUAGCCAAAUCUACUGUCAAAAUUGCUAUAAAAGUUCUUACAAACUCGAUGGCAUCCACAAUGAGUUUUAAAGGGCAGAACACAAAACAACCCUUUUAUAAAUUGAAGAUAUGGGAGGCCAUACAAGGUUCAUUGUUGAUCAAAUUUGAUGAUACAGCACUUUUCGAAGCAGAAGAAACCAUGAAAACAUGGUUGGCCAAUGCCCCAUGGCGUAAACAAGAUAAUGAAACUUAUGGGAAAAGGUGUGUAAAAAGAAAAUUAGAAGUGAACACUGCAAAGUAGUUGGGCAAAAUGUUUAUGUUUCAUAACUUUUU